AGGUCACGCACGAUGCCGUAUUCGAGGUGCAUGCUGGGAGGUGGGUGUUGUUGUCGCAGGAGGCUAUAGUUCUGUGCCGCCAUUUUGUGCGUAGAACGGGGUGAGGAGAAGAAACGGUAGCGCUGUGGAGGACGGCGGGCAGGCCGUAGAACGAGCUAGGUGACCGCCGCUUACCUCCCGUAGGUCCUUAGGACGGGUUGCUCCCCUGUGGGAUUUGCUUCGCCACGGCAGGAGAGCGGGGCGCCCGGCGGGGCGGGGGGGACACUGUGACAUCCGCCAGCGGCCAAGACUCCAAAGAGGCCCACCACCGGGGCAGACGGCGGCGAGUGAGAAGGCGGUCCGGGAGAAGAAUGGAGGCUGAGAGAGUAGAGACGAGCAAAGAUGGUGAAGUAAAUGUUUUGGAUGACAUUUUAACUGAAGCUCCAGAUCAAGAUGAUGAAUUGUAUAACCCUGAAAGUGAGCAAGAUCUAAAUGAGAAAAAAGGGUCAAAAAGAAAAAGUGAUAGAGUUGAAAUGAAUGAACCAAAGAGACAAAAACAGUCCUCUCAUUUGGCAAGGCCUCCACCCCAAAGGCUGUCUGGAAGUGCAAAAAGGGUUGUCGGCUCCAAAGGAAAACCUGUAUCGGAUUAUAAAAAUGAUGAUUUCCAGAGACAUGAAAGAAGCAGAAGGCCAGAUGGUGACAGAAGAAUUCAUUCAUCUAGCAGUACCUCCCGGGAUGAUUUUAAAGGACCACAGGAUAAAAUGAGCUCAAGAAAAAGGGAAACAGAGAGAAGACCUAAAUCCAGUACACCAGAUGUUGCUUCUGAGAAACUACGGAAUGACUCAAGCCGGAGACCAAGCCGGUCAAGUCGCUCCUCUGAUGGCAAUUCUGAAGAUUAUGGGUCAGACAGGGAUAGUGGCAGUGGUAGUGAAUCCUCUGAAGAUCAAGCGAACAACAGUGAAAAUGAGGGCAUGGAGGAAGAUGAUGAGGGAGAAGAAGCAGAAGAGGAAGAGGGUGAGGAGGAAGAGGAGUAUGACCAAGAAGAGCAUGAGCGAGAGCAGCGAGAAGGAAAUGAUUAUGAUACUCGAAGUGAAGCAAGUGACUCUGAAUCUGAUUCGGCUUCAUUUUCUGAUGGUGACUCAAUUCGCUCUGGUUCUGGUUCAGAUAUUUCAGAUCAGAGAAAGAAGGAAAGGAAAAGGGCUAGAGGUAUUUCUCCAAUUGUGUUUGAUAGAAGUGGAAGUUCUGCAUCAGACUCUUAUGCAGGUUCAGAAAAGAAGCAUGAAAAAUUGUCCUCUUCUGUUCGUGAUGUUCGAAAAGAACGAAUAAAUAAAAUUAGGUACAUUCUCCAGGAUGCACGAUUUUUCCUAAUUAAAAGCAACAAUCAUGAAAAUGUUUCAUUGGCUAAAGCAAAGGGUGUUUGGUCAACUUUGCCAGUGAAUGAGAAAAAGCUAAAUGCAGCAUUCAGAUCUUCAAGGAGCGUCAUUUUGGUUUUCUCUGUUAGAGAGAGUGGAAAAUUUCAAGGGUUUGCCCGAUUGUCAUCUGAAUCUCACCAUGGUGGUUCACCAAUACACUGGGUUCUUCCUGCUGGAAUGAAUGCAAAAAUGCUUGGUGGUGUUUUCAAGAUAGACUGGAUUUGCAGGAGAGAGUUGCCAUUUACAAAGUCUGCUCACUUGACCAACCCAUGGAAUGAACACAAGCCAGUGAAGAUCGGAAGAGAUGGUCAGGAAAUUGAACCGGAUUGUGGAACACAGCUUUGCCUUUUGUUUCCAACGGAUGACAGCAUUGACUUGUAUCAAGUCAUUCACAAAAUGAGACACAAGAGAAGAAUGCAUUCUCAGCCCCGAUCGCGAGGUCGUCCCUCACGCCGAGAAGCAACAAGAGAAGUGGGAAGGCGUCGGCCAGAAGAUUAUGAUAUUCAUAACAGAAAGAAACCAAGAGUUGACUAUCCCCAAGAGUUUCACCAGAGACCAGGGUUUGUCAAGGAUCCUCGCUUCCAAGAAGUGGACAGAAGAUUUACAGGCGUUCGCAGAGAUGUAUUUUUAAAUGGAUCAUACAACGACUAUGUGAGGGAGUUCCAAAGCAUGGGCCCACCACCACCAUGGCAGGGAAUGCCUCCAUAUCCAGCAAUGGAACAACCUCCCCAUCAUACAUAUUAUCAACAUCAUGCUCCUCCUCCUCAAGCACAUCCACAGUUCUCAGGUCACCAUCCUGUUCAGCAUGAUACACGUUACAGAGAUAAACGGGUUCAUGACUACGAUAUGAGAGUGGAUGACUUCCUUAGACGCACGCAAGCAGUUAGUGGAAGAAGAAGCCGCCCUAGAGAGAGGGAGCGAGAACGUGAAAGAGAGCGACCAAGAGACAACAGACGUGAUAGAGGUCGUGACCGCGACAGGGAUCGGGACAGAGAACGGUUACGUGACCGAGACAGAGGAGAUCGAGGGAGAUAUAGAAGAUAAAACUUUGGCCAGCAUUGGUUAUGUGCACAUUGAUUGACGUUUGCUUUAGAUUCUAUUUGUCCUUCAUGUGUUUACAAAAAUAGCAACAUUUCUGUUUAUGCAGUCUAUUUAAAGCAAGAGUUAAAAUGACAUGCUUUCAUGGUUUUUGUUUUGAUCCUCUUGUGCACAUACUGUAAUAACUGGAGACCCAUUAAAAUGGCUAAUAUGGUGCACUUAUGAUACGUAAAAGAUGAGCCUAUAACAAUUUUUAGUUCUGACCAUGUGGAAGAGUUAGUUAACCACCGAAACCUAUUUGACCCAAGGGCUGCUCCAUAAGCAGUAAAUUGUGCAUUGGGCCAAGUUUGAUAAAAAAAAACAAAACCUGCCAUCUGUGGGUGAUGGACCCCCCCUUCGCUACAUGUAGCUGCAGUUUAUUCUGUGAAAAUGAAAAUAAUGCUGCUAAUAAGUAUGCAAAUUUUUUUUUUUUUUUUUUUAAGGUUAGGAUUUCUGUAUGAACAUGUUGUAAAUGAAUCAUUUCCCACUCCAUCCAACUUAGCAACGAUGAAAGCAAUAUUUUUAAACGUGUUUAAAAUAAGAAAUUUCUUCACUUUUUGAUUUGCGCUCCACCUUUCAUGUCUGCAUUUCAGACUUAAAGGAAAACUGACAGCUGGUUUACCAGCACUGAACCCAAAACACAGGGUUAUAGUAUGGGUGAACCGGAUUUUUAUGAGUUCUCCUUCACCAGGAUCGAUGGUCCGGUUCCAGAGAUACCCACUAUAUUAAUCCCUGUUGCUAUAUGUUAAUUAACCACCUUUGCACAAUGAAGGCAGGAGUCAGUGGGGAGAUGUAUCCAAACGAAAAGUUUCCCAUGGCAACCAAUCAGAUUACUUUCUUUCAUUUUUGAAAAUGAAAAGCAAUCUGGUUGCUAUGAGCAACGCAGCAACGUUUCCUCUGGACAGGUUUUGAUAAAUUUCCCCCAGUGUUCUCAGCCUCCUUGCCACCAUUCUCUCUGCUUCGAUAUGCUUGCCUACCUCUUAAGUAUUUAUAUAGUUUUCAUACAUGUGAGGUAGGCGGGCAUAUCAGAGCUGAAAGGAUGGAUGCAGGAAUGCUCAGAGCACUAGCUCUGCCUCGAAAUUGCAAGGGAAAUGAACAUAUUACCAACAAGGAAUUGUAUAGUGUUUAUUUCUGGAACCAGACCACGGAUCAAGGUGAGUAAUACAUCAUUUUAAUCUAGUUCAUCUGCACUAUAACCCUGUCUAUUGGGUUUCGUGCAGGUGAACCAGCUGUCAGUUUCCCUUUAACAUGGAGUGAACAUAACCUUGUGUGCUAGCUAGUAUGGCUAUGUUAGCUUAUGUUAUUAUUUUGUAUUAAAUUGAUUACUUGUAAUUUAAUUUGUUACUGCAGUGGUUUCUUAAGCCAUUUGAUAGCAGCUAUUGAACUAAUAUGUUCUGCUGCAAUGUAUCUUUUUGUGUAGUCUUAUACCAUAAUUCUGUGCCAUUUUUAUAAUAAAACCACUGUGGAAAUAUAUGAACGUGUUAAUCUU